AUCAGAUUCCAGGAAUUACGCAAUUUUAAGGCAAACAGAACAUCCCUCGGGCCAAUUAAUUGGACCCUUAGCUCCGGAGAAACGUUUGCGUAACCUUUCAAUCGUCGUCGAUCAAACUAUUAAUAGGACGUAUCGCGAUCGUCUCGCUUGAUCGGUCAUCGAAUGAUCCGGUCGAUCGUGAACAGAGUUGGAUGAGGGUGGGAGGAUGCCACGGGAGCGCGAGUGUCUCUCCAAUUUCGUGGAAAGAAUCGAUCAUCGCCGGCAGAACAGCGGCGUCAAUCUCGUCGAACGAUUGGGCCCAAGCUAAUUCGAUGAUGAUCGGAGGGAAGCUUGCAACACGAACGCGAAUCGAACGAUAAACAAGGUAGGACAACGCGAUGAUGCGGCGGAUCGAGAGAGAAAAAGGAUGAAAAAUCGCAGCAAAAGAGGAGACAGGGACAGCGUGCGUAGAGGACAAAGGAAGAGAGAGUUGAUUGGAGGAGAGGGAGGGCUCGGUAUUGCAGGCUCAUCCGCCGGUUACGUUCGAUUGGCUGGCAGGGCGGUAGGCCAGCAAUUACCUAAAUGGUCGGGUAAACAAUAUCCGUGCGCCGAGUUAAGAGCGGCGGCGGUAGCAGCAACAGCACCAGCACCAGCACCAGCAACAGCACUAGCGGAACACCGUGAACGGGCAACAGUAGCAACGGCAACGGCAGUAGCUGGUUCCUUUAUCCGUCGGUCGGUUGGUCGGUCGACCGACCCGUCGACCGGUUGGUCGACUAGCCAACCGUAUAGUAUUGGUUCUGGUUUACUCUCGUUUCCACCGUGAGCCAAACAAAGAAUCACGGACGAAGAGACGAAAGAGCGAACGAGAAAGGAACAGAGUCUCCGUUGUAUAAUAUGUACGCGUCCGUGUAUACGUGUACGAGUAUAGAAGGAGAGAAGAGAGAUAGAGUCGGAGAUACCCACCAUAGCCAGAACGAUUAUACUCCCGGCACGAUUACUGUACACAACGAUCCUGGAGGCGCACCACGCGCCCCGCCCCCGCCCCCGCCGGCGAACACACCAAGAUCAUCGACAAACCCGGCAGCGUUUCACGAUCACGAAUACCGAGAGCGAGUAAAGCGUGCAACUCCUCCACACACAUUCUCCGGGAAACGUUGAACGAUGGCAACGUGCGUGGAGGGAAAAGCGUUCCUCCAUCGACAGCGUCGGCAGCGGCGGCGGCGGCGGCGGCGGCGGCAGCGGCGGCGGCGGUGGCGGCGGCGGUGGUGGUUAAAUCAAAGACAAACCACUUUAGCCGGUCGGAUCGCGGGACGGGCUGAGAGUGGGGUGAGAGUGGGCUGGAUAGACGGUAGGAGAGGGAGGAAAGGUAGACUCUGUGUGUACAUACCCGAGUAUCUGGCGAAAGCUCGCUCGUGGGGCCGCGAAACGUCUGCACGCGGCUCCGUUUCGUGUUCGUGCCCAUCCAUUCAGUCCCGAUGCCGAUGUCUGAGUACGUCUUCGUAUUCGUGUACGUUCGCGCGCACGUGAACCAGCACAAGCACGCGCACACACACAGAACACACACGUACGAACCAACACUGAUCGCUCGUGGUACCCACCACGAACAAGGGGUAGCACGUGUGUGCGCGCAACCCCCGCGGAACGCAGACGUGCACGCCCCUCGAACCAUACCGGAAUACUCUGGUAAGCCAGCAGGGGUUGGACACGCCUAUUCGAGGCGGAACAACACCCCACCAGAGGGUUCGUUGCUUUCCGCUGCGACGACGUUCCUACGACGGUUCUUCGCUACUAAUAAUACGCCGAUAUACCACCUAUUCAGCCACCAUGGCUCUACGUGGAAGUCCCGAGAGCAGAUUUUACGGGACGCGUGCGGCUUCUGCCUACCAAAGACACUGCUAAUCGCGCGACCGACCACGCUGAUCGCUUGGACCCCCGGCGCGACGAUACCUCUUUUUUCGCUCCCACACGGUCAUCCGUGAACGUCGUUGGUUGUCCCUCGCGGUGCGCGGGCCAGUUCGGUGAACAAACUCGAGGCGCGAUACUAACCGGAGCCGUCGGUGUAUUCCGCGAAAGGAUCGGGAACGGUGUGUAAAACGACAGUUGAGGAAUUAGUGAUGAUCCACUUGGGAAAGCAGAAUGUGAUAUUAUCGUCAUCGGUGUAAGUGAUGCCUCGAAGAAUCAGGAUGUUGCACGCCGUUUGAAGGAUCGACGCGGAUGUGCACGUAAACAAGCGCCGGGGAAGUGUUUUCUAGCAACGAGACGGAAUGGAGGAUCGAGAGGUGAGGUAAAUAGGAAUAACCGCGAGGGUUAUGUGGAGGAUGCAGGAAGGCAGGACCGUGUCGCCUUUAGGACCGGUCGUCCUACCGCGGGAGGAAGCGGAUAUGCGUGCCGGGCUCUCGCUACCGCCUCAAGAAAGGAGGCACGUGUUGCUCCACGUACGCACCAGCGAGCCUUUUGUGCACUACGACAACGUGCGUCAGCAACACUCGCCGUCGACCUCGCCGAUCCUGCGGUCCGUCGACAAGGAUCAGUUCCACGAGAUGGACGCGUCAUCGGCCAGGGAGAAGAGGAUAGACACCGAAGUCGAGGAAGAGGAGGAGCAGGACGAGGAGGAAGAGGAGGACGGGGAACACGAGAGGAACGUUUCCGUCAGGAGAAAUAUCGUCGAGGACGAGGAAGACGACGAGGAACCAGAGGAAGAGGAGGAGGAAGUGCAUCCUGGAAAUAGAAACGGAAGCUAUCAAGAGGACGAGGAAGUAGAAGUGGACGUUUGUCGAGACGAAGUGGACGAAAGCAACCCCAGUAGUCCGGUAGAUUUAACAGCUCCUUCGUCCAGGGGCGGUGGAUCCGAUCAGUUCCUUAACCCUUUCGCGAAUCGAGGCGUGCAUCCUUUCUCGUGUGUUCAGACUGGCGGACAAACCACUGGCCACGGGGCUCCUGUGUACAUAUCCGCGCAUGCCGCCGCUGCUUCCACGGUGAUGACUGUCUGUACAUCGGGAAACGCAGCCCGAACGACGGGCACGUCGACCGGCAGCAUCACCACGACUGCCAGCACCGUACAGGCGAACAAACGAUGCCUGGCAUUCUCCGUGGAGAAUAUCCUGGACCCGAACAAGUUCACCGGCGGACGCGUCGUUCACAAUCGCGUUCAGCACCGACGACAUCGGCGGGCCGACAGCGUGCACGAAGAUGGUGACUCGCGGGGCGAGUUCGCCUGCGGCAGCGGCCAGGAAGACGAGGAGGGCACACCGGACACGGGGAUGGAGGACAUGGACGAGGACCCUGACGAAGAGGACGAGGACGAGGACGUGGAGAUGAGGGUGACGGAUCAGGAAACCUCGAACGCUGGCCGGGAGAGUAAUACCACCGCAACGAGCAACGUUCCAUCGUCGAACUGCAAGAAGAGGCAGUCCUCCUCAUCGUCGUCGUCGUCCAGCAGCGUGCAGGCGCAGGGUUGCCAAGGUCAAAACCAAACCAGCCAGAAUGGAACCAGCGGGAGCGGUGGCACAGGGGGCAAACCUAGAAGAGCCAGGACUGCGUUCACGUACGAACAGCUCGUCGCUCUGGAGAACAAGUUCAAGACCACUAGAUACCUGUCUGUCUGCGAACGUCUGAACCUGGCUCUGUCCCUCUCGUUAACGGAGACCCAGGUGAAAAUUUGGUUCCAAAAUCGGCGAACCAAAUGGAAGAAACAGAAUCCAGGACUGGACGUGAAUAGUCCCACGGUGCCCACCACACCGCCACAUCCUCCGCCUUACGCGCCUGCCUUCCUGUUCGCCACGCAUCCUCAUCAGCACCCGCUGCCACACUCGCACACGCAUCCCCAUCCUCACGCCCACGUCCAUCAUCCGCCGCCCGUGCCGCCGCCGCCACCUGGCUAUUAUCACCCGGCCGCGCCACCUUAUCCUCCGACAGGGCCGACGUUCUUCGGUCAUCACCUGUCCGCCACCACCGCCACGGCGUCCGGUCCUCCACCCACCUCCACGCCAUCGUCCACGGGCUUGGCAUUGUCGACGCAUCCACAUCCGCACACGCAUCCGCACGCGUAGCGAACUCGACAAUCCAUCGCGCGGACGUCGUCUUCGCCUUCGUAGUCGUCGAGGUGUGUGCUGGUUGGUUCGACGUUGAGAUCUUGAGAAGUGCAGAUUGUCGAUGAGGAGAAGAGAGAGAAUGUGAUUGGUAUGAAAGAGAGAAUAUUGUUAUAUAUAUAUAUAUAUAUAUACGUUUUGAGUAUCGAUGGCGUUGCGGCGUAUUGUGUAGAUGGAUAUUUCGAUAAAAUAAAGAAGAACGGGGGUGAAGAGACUGCGUUUGGUAGGUAAACGUAAGAAGGUGGGGGGCAUGUAAGAUGGUGUAUGAUAGAGGUUUGCGAGUCGCUUUAAUUACGUCGACCAAGUGUCUCCUGCGGAUUUUGAUUCUAGCUUCGUUAUUUGUAGAUACGUCUUACGUUAUGUCCUGAGUGUCGAAUUCGUCGAGAUCUGCACGAGACAUUGUUAUAUAAAUGUAUAUACCGUGGCGAGAGAGACCACCAAUUCCGUUCUUCACCUCCGGGCAGCACCAUCGAGGACUCGAACUAAAGGAAAUACGCUCUCUGGCUCGUGAAAGUAAAAGUCCGUAGGUUCGAACUCGGAUAUUUCGUCCGUAGUUUCCACUUCGUGUCCGUUGCGAGUCGCACGUGGGACGCUUUCGAUAGGGUAAUCGGUUUACGCGGGGUGAAGUGCGGAAAACGAGCAUAUCUCUUGGAGGAUAUUGUCGGGUCGUUUAAAAUUCGCCAGCAUGCGAGAGAGAGGGGAAUCCGUCGGCCAAGCGGUAAGAUAAAUACGCGGUGAUACGCGGCCGAAGAAUAACAGGCGCUCGAUUACAGCUCCGCGCGUAAACCGCCCCCUUCCCACCCCUUUUGGCUCGGGUAUAAUUAAAAAAUUAAACGAACGGAGCAGCGAGCGUCGGCUUAUUUCGCAUUUCGACGCCGAUAUUCGCGAUGACGUUUGUAUACGGGCAACGAUGACUGUGAAACGUGAGUGUAACCAGAGGAACGAAGACAGAGCGAAAAAACAAAUGAAAAAGGGGGGAAACGUGAAAUUAAAGAGCUGGAAUCAAAGCUGUACUUCUCGUCGAGCGGAAACUCGCGAGCCUCGUCGUUUUUUUUUUUUUUUUUUUCUCUCGCCACCUUCGUUGUAACAUAUGUCCGUUGGUCGCAGCGAAUGAGAGGCCCGCCUCCCCUUUCCGUUUUAAAAACGAAGUAAACUUCAUCAAGGGGUUGCGAAAAAACGAAGAAGAAGAUGAAAAGAAAGGAGAAAACGCCGGUAGCUGUAAGGUGUGCGUGAGAGUAAACGGAAGAGAAACGGUUAGCCGGGUGUGUCUGUUGCACGUCGCGAAUGGAUGAGCGCGAAAGGAUUUAGCGAGCAAAUUUUUUGUGCUGAACUGCAAAAAACUGAACCACGUCGGAACGCAGUGGAACGUUCCUGUGUAAAAUAAAAUACCGUACGUUACACUCGUAA